AUGGUGGUGACCAAGGACGAGUACGAAAAAUGCCAUUCUGCUCAUCCCAUCUUCUUCUCCAACAAUGGUGUGACCGUGUUCACAUUGGACCGGCCUGGUUUGUUCUAUUUCAUUAGUGGGGUUUCUGGGCACUGCGAGAGAGGCCAGAAGAUGAUCAUCAAGGUCUUGGAACCAGCAGGCCCACCUCAAUCUGGUGACCAGAACGAGCAGAAGAAUGAUGCUGCAGUUGCAAUGGCCGCCAUCACUUCUGCAACUCUCAUGUCCUGCAUUAUGUCAUUUGUGGGGAUUUCAACUACCAAAGACUCGGUGAUGGUGGUGACCAAGGACGAGUACGAAAAAUGCCAUUCUGCUCAGCCCAUCUUCUUCUCCAACAAUGGUGUGACCGUGUUCACAUUGGACCGGCCUGGUUUGUUCAAUUUCAUUAGUGGGGUUUCCGGGCACUGCGAGAGAGGCCAGAAGAUUAUCAUCAAGGUCUUGGAACCGGCAAGCCCACCACAAUCUGCUGACCAGAACAAGCAGAAGAAUGAUGCUGCAGUUGCAAUGGCCGCCAUCACUUCUGCAACUCUCAUGUCCUGCAUUAUAUCCGAAUCCCGUGUCGGAUAUGCUAUGAUACGAGUUGUCAACCAGUCUUUCAUGCACGGACACGUGUAUCCAACAUUCUGGACACGAGUCGGAUACUCGUAUUAG